ACAGUGCGAGUCUUGUCAACAAAGGUGUCGCACUUGAUGAGAAUAAAAUAAUGAAGACGCUAUAAAGAGAGACGAGGAGACAGAGAGUGCGUUAAAAAUGUCUAAAGCGGAUAUUCUCAGACAGUUUGUGGCGCAGAGUCUCGCCGCCGCGUCACAGGAAAUCUUAGCGGUGGUGGAGAGAACCGUGUCCGAGUACGAGGAGGAGGCUGCGGGCUUCAGGGAGCAGAUCGUCCGGCAGAGGAAGCAGCUGGAGCUGCUGCAGCCACGGGUCAAACUCGAAACACUCAGCAACUUUACAAUAAAAGAUGUUCGUUCAGUUGCGAAACGCAGCAGGAGCCACGUCGAGGAAGAGGAGGGUGACGACGACGAAGAUCUGGAGGAUGUGAAUAAUCAAACUCCAUCAAGACGUCCGUGUGAGCAGAAGGUCGUUGACACUCAGGAUCACGUGGACCUGAGGAUCCACGUCCUGGAAAACCCACAGACUGAAGCACUUUCAAAAAACGUCCAUAAAAAGUGUCCACGAGGUCUUCAGGAGGUGGACGUCCUGGACCUGCUUAGGUCCGACAGGGGUCGUUUGGAAUUGAAUUCGGUAACAGCGGAGGAAAUCCAGAGACGAGGGACCUCGACUGUCUUCAUCAGACCCAAGGUGCAAAAGGAAACUGAAGACUUUGAGGAAGACGCAGGAGACUCUUCCUCUCCCACAUGUGACACCAGGCAACAAAUUAGUCGUCUUCAGGCGGAGGACGUCCCGUCCGGCAGCUUAAUAUCGCAACAAGAAGACGACGACGACAACAUGCUAACCGAGGAAGCUAACGCCGGAGAGCGACAAGACGAGGAAGCCGCCGCCGCUCAGAGGAAGGAGGAGGAGGAGGAUCAUAACGACGAAAAAGAUGAAGAUAGAGAAAAGUUGAAAGACAGCGAUGAUGACUGGAAACCGGACAUGAGCGAGGAGGAGGAGGAGGAGUCGAGUGACGGUGAACCGAUGACAACAAAUAAACAAAAUGUCAAAUUGGCGUCCACGGAGACGCCAGACCUCCAACUUCAGAGUCGUCUCGAAACGGGCGACUGUCACAUUUGUGGCGAGACUUUCUUCAGCGUUUACGGCCGCGACGAGCAUGUGGCCGCUCACUCGGGCGAGAGGCCGCACAAAUGCAAUGUCUGUGCCGCGGCAUUUGCCCUGCGGGUGUCGCUGGAGAAGCAUCGGACACUCCAUGUAGAGGGAAAGCCUCACACGUGCUUCACCUGCCAUAAAGUGUGUGAACACAGGGAGGCGCUAAAGGCUCACCUCAAGACGCACGUUAUAAAAAAGAAGGUGCACCUAUGCGGCGUGUGCGGAAAGUCCCUCAGCGACUACAGGUCGCUGUCCCGUCACAAGAUGACGCACUCCGGGGAGAGGCCUCACAGCUGCCAGGUUUGUGGGCGGAGUUUCAAGCUGCCUGGGACGCUGAGGCAACACGAGAAGAUCCACACAGACCGCGAGAGGUCGUACCUGUGCGACGUCUGCUGCAAAAUGUUCCUGACGAUCAAGCAGCUGCAGAUUCACAUGCGGACACACAGCAGCGAGAAGCCGCACCACUGCCGGGAGUGCGGCCGCGGGUUUUGCACCAAGGGGGCGCUGACCGUUCACACGCGGAUGCACACCGGGGAGACACCGUACCGGUGCCCCGAGUGCGGCUGGGCCUUCAAGCGCAAGAACAACCUGGACGAGCACAUGACUGUGCACUCUGGCGCCAAACCCUUCGUGUGUGGCAUCUGCGGCAAAGCGUGCGCGCGCAAAACGCACCUGACGAUCCACAUGAGGACGCACAACGGCGAACGGCCGUACAAGUGUCGGCUGUGCGACAAAGCGUUCACACAGAGCCAUUGUCUGAAGACGCACAUGAAGAGCCACCUCGCAGCGGAGGACACGACGUAAAGCGUCUUUCUUUCCAGUGUUUGAAUUUCCUGGGCAUCACAAACGGUUCAAAAUCUACUCAUAGUUUCAAAAUCUAUUGAUUGGUCAUGAGAGCGACGUCCGACACAAGAAACAGACAUUUGCAUGAUGCACACGGAAGUCUUUAUUUUAACAUUUGAAUAUACAUGAGUGACCUAAAAAAAACAAAACCCUAAACUGUAGAGGGAAAAAAAACACAAACAUGACUCUGGUUUUUGCAUAUUUGUCUUUGCCGUCACAGAUCGUAAGUAAAGAAACGCGUUACCAGUUUUGCAUAAAUUAAAUGAGCCGGACUGAGCUUUCGUUUAUUUUUUAUUUCUCUGUAAACUGACACUUUGACACCUGCACCUUUGUGAUGGGUGGGUGAUUGCCCAAGUAUGUUCCCAUUCAGUUUUGGUAAGAAUCUGCUGACUGAAAAGGUCUCAAAACAUGAUCACAUUUUCAAGACGAUCACUUAUAACGGGCAAAACUCUAAAAGAAAGAAAAUAAAUCUCGGUCAGAA